AUGCUUUCAACUGGAAUUCGAAUAACCAGGUCGUUUUUUUUCCAAUUUUCAUUUAGUUUUUUUGAGAUUGUAGUUUUGUAGAGAUCUUAAAAAAUUGGUUUUUUUUGGAAUGAAAAACAAGAUAGAUUUGAAAUCUUGAAAAUUAUAAAUUGAGAUCCCUCUCACUUUAUUGAAUUUUCAAGAUUUGCAUUAAUCAGUCUUUUUUUAAUUCAAAUAGAAAACCAUUUUUUUGACUGAAUUUAGUUUUUGAUGCUAAAUAAUUUGCAGUCAUCAUCAGUAUCAUUUUUGGGGUGUAGGAUUUACUCCGAUAGCUAAAAAUGUACAAUUUUGCUGAAAAUCUUUGAGUUUAGGAUUUACUCCGACAUCAAAGAUUUAGAUGAUUGAAGAUUUUUUAGCUUAGAAAAUUACGUUUACAAUUAGGUUUAAAUUGAGUUUUCUUUUAAAUGUUUUUUUUUGUAUUAUUUUUAAGCUCGAAUCGAUGUGAUGUUUCAACUGGGCAAAAUCAACUUCUUCAUGGUUUCAACUAUGUACACCUUCAACAAUCAAUUCUUCUGCCAACAUUUGGCACAACAGUUCCGACUUCGAAUGCUGUGACUACCUCAGAUGCUAUCACAAGACUAGAUCGCCCGAUGCAAGGAAUCUUCUCGACGCAAGGAAUCAACUGUAAGGAUCAAAUUAUAAAGUUUUUUAUUUAAUUUCUUAUUUUUUUCUCCCGACAUUCUACUGAUUUACCCAUUUUUAGUUACGAAUGUUUUUAUUCCAGAUAUGUCGGUUCAUCUACAACAAGCCAAUCGGUUUUGCCGCCUUCGCAAGGAGCUGCCAACAAGACAAGUCGCAAUCAUUCCAAGAUCCGAUGCUGGACAAUCUACUCAACCAAUGGCAAUAACACAAGUCAACAACUAG